AGCGUUCACGAGGUUCGGUUAUCACAUGAUGAAAUCGACGUUUUUGAACAAAUAUAUUAUAAUAUAUCGAGAGAGGUAAGAAGGAGACGAAGAAACACAGCAUCGAUGUUAUCGGAGUACAAGAUUGAGUKAUUUGUAAUUCUCAAAUUUUCAUUUUUUUAAAAAUUACCAAGUCGGAUGAUUCUCAUGACCUCUCGAGCUAUAAAGACGACAGAAAGAUUCAUAGUGUUUCACUUUUUUCUAGUGCGAUGGCUGUAAAGAGCAAAGACGUCCUCAACAAGAAUGUGGGGGAACAAAUUGUGGGAAAAGAAAACGAUGGCAGCGACCAAUAUGGUCGGACUUUAGAAAAGAUACAAUUCUCCGAGAACGUCAAUUUAUUGACUGAAGACAACGGUCAAAGCAAAAGAAAGAGGCCUACCAAAAAUACGAGAACAAUACAGGUGGUACAGAUAGAACCAGAGAAGGAAAUUGUUAGGGUUCCACCUCGAAUAUUACAAUGCAUCAAAAUAGUUCUUCAAGAAAAAUCACCUGGUUCAAAAAGAAAAAAAAGUAAGAGACGUAAGCAGCGGCGACGGCAUAAAAAGAGGAGACCGAGCAAAACGAGGCCAGUUGGCGAAAGGGAAUGUACUAAGAACGCGGAAGGCACAAAAUGCUCUUUUGGCAGGCAACUUGAAAUUUCCGAAGAGGAAGAUAUAGACGUAAAAGAAGAUGGAGAUAGACACAGCAUUGCAAAAGAAUAUAUGGAUUACUUUCCAUUAAACGACGACGAAAAUCAUAACCUGUCUGAUGAUGAUUUCUACUUUGUAUCUCGUAGAAGGUCUCAGGGCUUGGGAGUAGAUAUUGAUUUCGAUAAUUUCGAAGGCAUAUCUCCGGCUAUGGAGGAAGAGGUACGUCCUAUUUUAUUUUUUGAUACCUUCGAAUGUCUGGGCACACCGGAAGCCGUGACAUGAAGACAAGAACGCAGAAUAUUAUUCCGUGCUCUAGUAUCAGUWAAAUCAUGUUGAUCGAUCACCUUCUCAUAAAAUGAAAGUCUCACGAAAGUAUUCAAUAUACCUAUUAUUAUUUGCUUCCACCAAAUGCACUUUUUGCGAAUUUGCUUUCAUUUCGAUUUCCAAUCAACGACAAUCCCGACCAUGGCAAUAAACAGAUCGAAAAAUGCUUUAUUGGUGAAGAUAUCUGUGUUCCUGUUGAGCCAUCCUCUGUUCCUUCUGGAACCCCGACUUCACAACUCCCUACUUCAAUUUUUUCUCCRAACCCUUCCACUCCAAGGCCAACGCUUAUACCAGGCAAGGGAAAGGGAAAAGGUGGAAAAAGCAAAGGCAACAAGGGCGGCAAAGGAGACUGCGAAUGUCAAGGGAAGCGUUGCGAAAACGAAGGUGAAGGUAAAGGAAAGGGCUACAAAGGAAAAGAUGGAAAAGGCAAAGGCAGCAAGGGUAGCAAAGGAAAAGGUUGUGAAAGCAAGGGUGAAGUCAAAGGAAAGGUCUAUGAGGGCAAGGACCAAGGCAAGGGCUACAAAGGUGCCAAAGGCAAAAGAAAGGAUUACAAAGGCAAGGGACACGAUGGAAAAUACAAAAGCAGCAAGGGUGGACAGGGAAUUGGUGAAGGUAGAAGAAACAACUACGAGAACAAGGGAGAAGGGAAGAGCUCAAAAGGCACCAAAGGCAAACGGAAGGGCUACAAGGGGAAGGGCUAUAAAGGCGAGGGAAGAGGGAAGGAUUACAGUGGGUCCAAAAGCAAGGGUGAAGUUAAAGGAAAGGUUUAUGAGGGCAAGGACCAAGGCAAGGGCUACAAAGGUGCCAACGGCAAAAGAAAGGAUUACAAAGGCAGGGGAGAAGGGAAGGGUUACAAAGCUAAGGUUGAAGGUAAAGGAAAAGGCUACGGAGUCAAGGGAGACAGGAAAGAUUCCAACGGCACCAAAGGCAAUAAUAAGGGCUCCAAAGCAAAAACUGACCUCACAGAGGAAGGAAGCGAUCACAGUGGCAAAGGAAACGCAAAUAAAUCUACAAAGCGAAGCAAGGACAACAAGGGUAACGAUAAAGAUAGACAUCUCUAUCAAUAUGAUAGCGGAAUGAAUAGUCGAAAGACCACGAUUACCGAAGAGGGGGAAAAAGGCAAUAUUGACGAAAUGAUCGACCAGAUUAUUCAGGUGAGAGAUACGGGAAAUGUUAAACUUUCUUUGCAAUGCAUUCAACUUUGUGUACUUCUGGACUUGUUUCCAUUCGAGCUAACCCGAUUUUAUUCGAUCGUUCUUGAUUUCUGUCAUGACUUGAAUUUGUAUUGCCUAACAGGCGUAUUUUAGAGCUUCGUGUGAGCCUACCCAGUCGCCAAC